AAAUUGGAACUUUGAUUAUAAAAAAGCUAUUUGUGUACACACCAUGGACAUGUAAAAAGUCUUCAUCUUUAAUGGCUCCGUCCACCGCUUAGAAGUUACACACUUGUGGAUCCUCUCACCGAAUCGAGAUUCUCCCCCUUUUGUUGAUCUCAUAGUUUUUGGCAGUUUGGAUUUCUGAUUCUCCGCAACUCUUGAUGAGUGUGAGAAACUCUUAAGAGUGGAAAUGGUGGGACCAACUUUGUUUCACCGGAGAAAGCAUUCAUGGCCGCCUGAGGAAUUCAUUUCCAAAACCACUUUGCAAUUACUUGAUUUCGAUAGUGCUGCUCCGCCAUCACACGCAUGGAGGAGGAGAUUAAACUGCCAUGCCAAUAUCUUAAAAGAGUUCACUAUUACCUUUAGAGAAGCCAUUAAAAUGGUACGCUUGGGGAUACGAUUAUGGUCUUACGUCAGAGAAGAGGCCUCUCACGGAAGGAAAGCACCCAUCGAUCCUUUCACCAAAGACAAUUGUAGACCAUCUGCAUCCCAAGGUGUUCCACUUGGAGGAAUGGGAAGUGGAAGCAUAUCUAGGGGUUUCAGAGGGGAGUUUAAGCAGUGGCAAAUUACUCCUGGAACCUGUGACCCAUCACCUAUGAUGUCUAAUCAAUUUUCUAUUUUUAUUUCUCGAGAGAAUGUGCACAAAAAGUAUGCAUCAGUUUUGGCUCCAGGCCAGCAUGGAAGUUUAGGAAAAUUGCGUGAUAAGGGAAUCUCUUCAUGGGGUUGGAAUCUGAGUGGCCAGCAUUCUACUUACCAUGCUCUGUUUCCUCGGGCCUGGACUGUAUAUGAUGGUGAGCCUGACCCAGAGCUAAAGAUUUCAUGUCGACAAAUAUCUCCCUUUAUACCAAAAAAUUACCGAGAUAGUAGUCUUCCAGCAGCUGUUUUCGUAUAUACUUUGGUGAACACUGGAAAGCAAAGGGCAAAAGUGAGCCUUGUCUUUACAUGGGCGAACUCAAUUGGUGGGACUUCGCAUAUGUCAGGGGGUCAUGUGAAUGAGCCAUUCAUAGGCGAAGAUGGAGUCUCUGGCGUCCUCUUACAUCACAAGACAGGCAUGGGAAACCCCCCUGUUACAUUUGCUAUCUCUGCUUGCGAGACUCAGAAUGUGAAUGUGACUGUUUUACCAUGCUUUGGAUUGUCUGAAGACAGUUUUUUUACAGCGAAAGAUAUGUGGGAAACAAUGGAAAAGGAUGGGAACUUUGACCAAGAAAACUUCAAUAGUGGGCCGAGCAUGCCUUCAUCACCUGGAGAUACUAUUUGUGCAGCGGUCUCAGCUUCAGCAUGGGUAGAGGCUCAUGGCAAGUGCACUGUAUCUUUCGCUCUAUCAUGGCCAUCACCAAAAGUGAAAUUUUCAAAGGGAAGCACAUAUGACAGGAGAUACACCAAAUUUUAUGGAACUUCGCGAAGAGCAGCUGUGGAUCUUGUGCAUGAUGCACUAACACAUUAUAAGAGGUGGGAGGAAGAUAUUGAGGCGUGGCAAAAUCCCAUUCUUAGAGAUGACAGGCUCCCUGAGUGGUACAAGUUCACUCUGUUCAAUGAGCUUUACUUUCUGGUAGCCGGUGGUACAGUCUGGAUAGGUACACUUUCUCAACCAUCUGAUUUAAGAAAUUUAGAUGGUAAAGAACAGCAGAAUAACCUUAAUAAUGGUGACAGAAACGGAAUAGAGAGCAAUGGUUUAUUUGUGGAGACGUCGCAGGGAGAUGAUGAGGACGAUGUUGGUCGGUUUCUUUACUUGGAAGGCGUGGAGUAUGUGAUGUGGAACACAUACGAUGUGCACUUUUACGCAUCCUACGCUCUCCUUAUGCUAUUCCCAAAGAUCGAGCUAAACAUCCAGCGGGAUUUCGCCAAAGCUGUCUUGUCAGAAGACACGAGGAAGGUUAAGUUCCUAGCAGAGGGGAACUGGGGAAUCCGCAAGGUCAGAGGCGCUGUUCCUCACGAUCUAGGGAUGCACGAUCCGUGGAACGAGAUGAAUGCCUACAACAUACACGACACGAGCAAGUGGAAGGAUCUUAACCCAAAGUUUGUGCUUCAGGUGUACAGAGACUUCGCAGCUACAGGGGAUCACCAGUUUGGAAUAGACGUUUGGCCCGCCGUUCGUGCCGCUAUGGAGUACAUGGAACAGUUUGACAGAGACAAUGACGAUCUAAUAGAGAACGACGGUUUCCCAGAUCAGACGUAUGAUACGUGGACCGUUCACGGCGUUAGCGCCUACUGCGGUUGCCUGUGGCUCGCUGCUCUUCAAGCUGCAGCGGCGAUGGCUCUCCAAGUCGGUGAUAAGUUCUUUGCGGAGCUGUGUAAAAAUAAGUUUUUGAAUGCAAAGGCGGCACUGGAAGCGAAACUGUGGAACGGAACGUACCUGAACUAUGACAGCGGGGCGAGCAGCAACAGCAAAUCCAUACAGACUGAUCAGCUGGCGGGUCAGUGGUAUACCGCAUCCUCAGGUCUGCCUCCAGUUUUUGAGGAUUUCAAAAUCAGAAGCACUCUGCAGAAGAUAUUUGAUUUCAAUGUGAUGAAGACCAAAGGAGGGAGAAUGGGUGCUGUGAAUGGGAUGCAUCCUGAUGGGAAAGUGGACGAGACGUGCAUGCAGUCGCGUGAGAUAUGGACAGGUGUCACUUAUGCAGCUGCAGCUACUAUGAUCCUCUCUGGAAUGGAGGAACAAGGGUUCACUACCGCUGAGGGAAUUUUCGCAGCUGGCUGGUCAGAAGAAGGUUUCGGAUAUUGGUUCCAGACACCGGAAGGUUGGACAAUGGAUGGGCACUACAGGUCAUUGAUAUACAUGAGACCUCUGGCAAUAUGGGGAAUGCAAUGGGCGCUAACGGUGCCAAAGGCAAUUCUUGAUGGUCCUAAGAUCAACAUGAUCGACAGAGUUCACAUGUCCCCUAGAAGCCGCAGAUUCUCUCACAACGUUAAAGUUGUAAAACACAAAGCUAAGUGUUUCGGCAAUUGUAAAUUAAGCUGUUCCUGCUGAAAACAAUCGUCAUGGAGGUUUUGGGGGUUGUAAUAUAUAUUAUAUUAACAGGUGGGGAAUGUAUUUCCAUGAAAGAUAAUGGAAACGUUCCUGGAAUGUAGCGUUACAUUUUGCUCAUAUAUAUAUAGCGAGAGAUAGAGUUUCUGCUUUACAGGAAGAUCAUAAGUUUGUAACCUAACCCUUUGCUUCAUUUCAUAGUUAAUAACUUGUAUUGACUC